UUGGGAGGUGCAAGCGCUGAUGAAAAGAGUCGGAGGAGCUUUGCAGGCCCGCUCUGAGUGAGACUUUUGAAAGGGCAUAGUGGGGUGAUGGCGCUGGUGGCUAGCGGUCUGUGCCUGUCCUGCCUCUUCCUCUUAUUCUGCGGGCUCCUGGUUGUUUUCGGUUUCUACUGCGCCUAUGUGCACUACGUCCAUCUGCGCUAUGAUCACAUCCCUGGGCCACCCAGAGCCAGUUUUUUAUUUGGACACAUAUAUUACCUCAUAAGAGCAAAAAAGGACGGUAAAAUUCAACAUGCUGUGUUUUUGGAAUGGGCCAAAGAAUAUGGACCAAUUGUACGUAUAAAUAUCCUACACCGAGUCUCAGUGAUUAUUACAAGUCCUGAGUUAAUUAAGGUAUUCCUGAUGUCCCCCAAAUACAAAAAGGAUCCCAAAAUCUAUCUGAAUCUACAGAAUUUGUUUGGAGAAAGAUUUUUAGGGAGAGGUUUGGUGUCAGAAAUUGAUCAUGAAAUUUGGUACAAGCAGCGGAGAAUUUUUGAUCUAGCUUUUCAACGAAGUUAUUUGAUGAGUUUGAUGGGAGCAAUCAAUGAAAAAGCAGAGCAAAUGAUGGAAAUACUGGAAGCUAAGGCUGAUGGGCAGACUGAAGUAUGCAUGCAAGAUAUGAUAUGCUCGACCAUUUAUGCCAUAACUGCUAAGGCAUUUUUUGGAAUGGAGUUUAAAUCUUUGGUUGAUGAACAGAAGCCAUUUCUUCUUGCAAUACAAAACAUCAUCACGGGCAUGACUCUGGCCAGAAUUCCCUUUGCAAAGUUUUCACCAGGGAAACGGAAGUUGAUAAACAAGACCCGGGAGAGCAUAAGGUUUCUGCGUCAGGUGGGAAAAGAAUGGAUCAAGUACAGGCGUGAAGCCAUGCAGAAUAACCAAGAGUUCCCACCAGAUGUCAUGAUGCAAAUGCUUAAAGGAGCAGCUGAAGAAGGGACAAAUGAUGAAUUUCUGGUGGACAAUUUUGUCACUUUCCUCAUUGCUGGAUCUGAAACUUCUUCCAAUCAGGUAUUAUUUGUAUUAAUGGAACUGCAACGACAUCCAGAAAUAGUAGAACGACUUCGUGCUGAGUUGGAUGAAGUUAUUGGUUCCAAAAUAAACAUUGAAUAUCAAGACAUUGGAAAGUUGCAGUACCUCUCACAGAUUCUCAAAGAAGUUCUCAGGUUAUAUCCUCCUGUAACAGGAACUGUACGGUGGCUGGAGAAGGACUUUGUGGUCGAUGAUGGCCUUCUAAUCCCAGGAUGCACCUCAUUAUGUUUCACUACCUAUGCAAUGGGCAGGAUGGAGAUUUACUUUGAGGAUCCCUUGACUUUUAAUCCAGACCGGUUCAGUCCUGAAGCUUUCAAACCGAAUUUUACCUACUUUCCAUUUUCUUUGGGGCCAAGAUCCUGCAUUGGUCAAUAUUUUUCACAGAUGGAGGUGAAAGUGCUGAUAGCCAAACUCUUUCAGAGGCUGGAGCUUCAGAUGAUCCCAGGACAGGACUUUGGAGUAUUGGAUUCCAUUACUCUGAAGCCCAAGCAUGGACUGGUCUGCACCCUCAAGCCCCGGGGAAGUUAGGAAGGCUUUCUCUGGUCAUAAAGGACAUCUCUGGUUCAGCCUCUAAAUGUUGGUUUCUUUAGAUCACGGCUUCUUAAAUUUUUUCUACUCACGACCCUUUUCACCCAAGAAAUUUUUACGUGACCCCGGGUAUAUAGGUAUAUAAAAUAGGUAUGCAUAACCUUUUAUUGUUGCCAAAUUUUUCAUGACCCCCCCACAUUCAGUUAUGCAACCCGAUAUGGGGUUGUGACCCACACUUUAAGAAAUUUUGCUUUAGAUGUCAUGGACCUUUCCCAGAAUAGAAUUUGGAACCAGAGGUUUCUGAUUAAGACAGCUGCUGGAAUAUAGGUUGCUAAAAUAUUGGAUCUCAAAGGCCCAACUUGCAAGAAGCUCUCUGCCAUGUAAAGCUGAGAAUCAUGUAAUGGAUAGUGCUAGAUUAGGAGCCAGGAAAAUGUGGGGUCCUAUCCUGCCCCAGAUACUUAGUAGCUCUGUAAUGUUGGGGAAGUCACUAGACUCAUCUCUGUUUCCUUAUGUGUAAAAAUGAGAAUUAUAAUAACAACAACAUCUAGUUUCACAGGUUUAUUUUGAAAAUCCAAUGAAGUUAGGUAUGUGAAGGGCUUUGCAGAUUUCAAGAUGCUACAUAAAUGCCAGCUAUGAUGGGGAAUUAGGAUACCUUUGUCUUGGGAUUCAUGAGAAAAUAAUCAUCUUUACCUACAUUAUGAUUGAGAAGGGUCCUGGUGAAGGGCAAAGAACUGAUCAAAGUUGAACUCAAAAGAUGAAGUAAUCAGAACCUAAAACAAUCAGAGAAGUUUCUUCCUUCUUGUAGUCUGAGGAUUGUUCAGACUUGUUGCACCUCAGCUUCAGAGGCUGCAUUGAGUGCAUAGCCAUCUGCAAACAAAAACACAUGUACCAAUACUCCCUCCACUUUAGUUUUGGCUUAUGGCCUUUUCAAGUUGAAGAAUUUACCAUCCUUGUGGUAGCUGACCUUGAUGCUGUGUUCAUCCUCAUUGAAGGCAUUUACCAACGUGGAAAACCGUGCUAAAAAGCAUGGGAGCAAGCACACAGUCUUGUUUCACUCUAUUGGUGAUUGGGAAAGUGUGCCAAUUCUCUGCUGCUUGUGAUAAUUUUGGCCAAACAAUUAAUACUAAGAAAACACAGGUGCUCUAUCAGUCAGCAUCACACCAUCCAUAUGUGGAACCGUUAGUAACAGCAAAUGGAGAAGUUUUGAAUGCUGUGGAUAAGUUCCCUUAUCAUGGCAGUGUGAGAAAAUAAUUAUUAAUAAAUUUUUUUUGGUGGCCCUUACCCCCCCCCCCCCCACACACUUUGGGAUGUUUAGCUCAGGAAGUUUAGCUAGUCUCUUUCAGAGCCAAUGAAAAAGUACAUUAGAGAUGAGGCUCUUUGAGACUAGCUCAGUGAAGUAAGGAGAUAGAAACCACACCUAUCUGAAAGCACCUUUGCCCUCAGGGAAUCUGUCUUUACACUAGACCCUGACAUCAUCACUGUAGAGCUCAUUUUAAUAUGAACCACCCUCAAGUCGCAUCAAUCAAUGGAAUUGAAUGACACUGACCAAUUAAGCUUUGAUCAGUGUGUAGAGACAUGCCUCUAUCAAAAGAGGAUAAAAGGCAAGCUCAGAGGAGGCUCCUAGCCAAUGCCAUCUUGGAACUCACUUUUGGUAUGAACCUGCCUGGUUGGUGAGCACUCUCCUAAUUAGGUAAUGUAGGGCUUGAGGCCAUGUGUGCUCUCUCUCUUAGAAAUAGGGCACUGGGGAGUUUUCAGUUUGGUUUAUAUGCCAUGUGGUCAACUCUAUACUAACAUUAGGGACAGCUAGGUGGCACAGUGGAUAGAGCACCAGUCCUGGAUUCAGGAGGACCUGAGUUCAAAACUGGCCUCAGACCCUUGACACUUACUAGCUGUGUGACCCUG